AUGGGGAGCGACCUCAUAUGUUCGGUUGUAGAGGUCGAACGCUUCCUUAAGGACCACGAUGCAGAACAAACAAUUAUUGACGCUUUCAAGCACAUCAAAGGCGCCCUAUACGGCCAAGAAAUCAAACGUUUAGGGUUAAAAGCGUCACGCGUCUCGUCCAUUGAUGAAACGAACAAAACUGUGAUUUCAAGGCCAAAGGAUACGGUCUCUAAGUGGAUACACAAUCUUUUCUGUGGAUGCUUUCAACAGGAUGUCACUGCAGUACACGAAGAUGACGAUUCUGCCACUACUCUAUCAUUGUCCAGUGAGAGCAAAGAACCUCAUGGACAACAUGAUGGGUUGCAGUCACCAUGGCCGCGGAAAGGAUGGGUCAUAUGCGAUAGUAAACGCAAUGUACCACAUGACUAUGACAGUGAAGAGGAGUACCAAAAGCUAUUUGCGCAGCUUGGUAAUAAUUGGAAUAUGGACUUCUUUGCAUUGUCGAAAUUUAAAACUCUACAACAAAGCGGACCAAUCGUCACUGUGGGCCAUGGGUUGAUUAGUCCAGUUGGAGACCGCAUACACCCGAAUUUCAAUCGCUUACUAGCGCCAGUUUUAACUACCAUACAAAAUGUGUACCUACCAAAUCCUUAUCAUAACGCGUUACACGCAGCAUGUGUUGCACACAUGACCGCUGUUCUCGCCAAAGCACUAGGCCUGAACAAAUACCUAACACCGCAUGAAGAGUUUGCAUAUCUUAUUGCGGCAAUUGGACAUGACUCUGGACACCCAGGGAAGACUAACGCUUUCUUGCGCUCGACGCAGAGCCCGUUAGCGAUUAUUUAUAAUGACGCAAGUAUUCUAGAAAACUACCACGCGUCUCUAGUUUGUCAUAUUAUUAGAGCGAAAGAAGAGUUUUUCGCAUUGUUCAGCCAACAGGAAUGGGAAAAUGUAAGGAAAAGAAUUAUUCAGCUGGUGCUCGCGACCGAUAUGAUGGCGCAUUACACUCACAUCAACAACGUCAAGGAACGCAGACUCAAUGGCACAUUUGAUCAUGUCAAGAACCCUGAGGACCUAUGGUUUGGUAUGGUACUUUGCAUCAAAACAGCAGAUAUUGGACAUAACUUCCUACCGUGGUGCGAACACUUACCAUGGACUAAAGCUCUCUUUGAUGAGUUCCAUAUGCAAGGAGAUGAAGAGAGGCUGCUUUCGCUGCCACUCUUACUAUUCUUCGACCGUACACGCUCGGCUGACAUCCCAGACUCGCAGUUGGGAUUUUUCCAGGGAUUCACAACGCCGUUGAUCGACGAACUCGCAUAUAUCAAUCCAAACAGCACCUAUCUAAAGGAUGUUCUAAAUGAAAAUGCGUACGAUAAUCUAGAGCAUUGGAAGAGUAACAGUAAACGAUUGUUGGAUGACAUCAUGACGGAUCUCGAUAAAUCCAAUGAGGUUUAUCAGAUCGCAGAUGCUACAGUCACCGAAUCAUAA